GACGAAGACAUUAUCACAAAAACUGCAAGGCAUCCGUGUUCAUAGGAAACGAAGAGUAAUUUAUAUGUGGUCUACGAAAAUUUCCAGUUCAAAAGUUAUUUACACAUCGACCAGAUAUAUUGGCGGCAUAAGCAUUGCUUGCCACAAACGAUGGCUUACACUCGGUCGACCGAACUGUGCCAGAUUCAAUUCGAACUGGACACACUUGCUGAUAAGCUAGAGGAUGACUGGCGCACAUUAUUCUACCUAAUCCCUCGGCAGAUUGACGACAUCGAUCGACCACCGGGCAGCUAUGCGAUUAAGUAUAAUGGCACUCAAGAGCGGGAGUUGGAAGAUUACGGUGAACGACAAAACAUUUCCCGUGCUAGACAGUUGCUGGAAGAAUGGAGCACUUCCGGCCGUAAGGAAAACCGUCCCCGUCUUGGCCACUUGUUAACACUGUUGAUUAAGGGAAACUUGUUUAGAGCGGCGGAUUACAUAGCUAGGGAUAUGCUUAAAGACAACCUUCCAGAGCGGCCCAGUUGUGGCCCGGCUGCUCCGAUAGACAUCGAUCGGGAACUGGACUGUGAGCUGGAGAAAAUGCUAGAUGGGGUUACCUAUCCCGACUCUGCAGCCUUACACAAUGGAAUGCAAUCAUUGACUUUAGAGGAAAAUUUGGAUCGUCCGGAGCCGCCGAAACGAGAACAGGUCACGGUUUUGGGUGAACUGAUUGCCAGCGGUGUGUCGAACAGUGAGAACAAUGAGCAGUCGAAUACUGGUAGUGCGGUAAUGCCGAUGCUGAGCGCAUUAUUAGCGCCGGAUGCCGAGGCAGGCCCUUCGGGUGUUGCUCCGGUGUUUUCGAUUGUUGGUAACACUUUGUCAUCAACUUCGGACAGUAUGAGCGAUACUAGUAGCAGCGCUAGUACUAGUACUAGCGAGAGUCGUUCAGCUCAGAUGUCAACGACUUUAGGGACGAUUGCCGAGGAUGACGGAGUACCUAAUUUAUCGAUAUUCGGAGCGACUUCGUUACACAGUAAUUUAUCAAACGGAGGGGACAACCCCGUUCCUCGAUUUUCAGCCAUCUUCACUAGCACUCAGCAACAAUCAUCGGUAAGCGGCUCUCCUCAGUUGCCUCGGUUUUCCAUUAUUGGUUUGUCACAGGAGGAAAGAGGCGAUAUUUCGACGGUCAACAAUUCAAAUCUAAUUCAAUUUUCGUCCGUAAACUGCCCGAUUUCUUCGAUAGCUAACUUUCCGUACAGUUUGCUCAAGACAGCCACCGCAAAUUUUGAUAAACGUCCGUUUUCGAAGGAUAAACUCGAAGUGGCAGAGGGACGAUUGCUUGGCACCGGUGGUUUCGGUGAAGUUUUUCUUGGUAUUAACUUAUCUGCAGAUAUUGCCCUGGCUGCAGUCAAACGGCUCUUUCCAUCUAAUUAUAAGUAUCGGGAAAAAUACGAUAGAGAACGGGAGAUUCUCACUAAAUAUAGCCAUCCAAACAUUGUCCGUCUGUUUGGUUACUCGGAAGACAACGAAUUGUGUUUAGUUUACGAGUUUCUUGCGGAUGGGAACUUGGAAAGCGCUUUGGAGCGUUCCCGCCGGCGGCAAUCGCUGCUGACUGCCUCUAGUCGUAUCGACUAUCUGCUCGGGAUUGCUUCUGCCAUCGAAUAUCUGCACAGUCCACAAGUUCAGGUAAUCCACCGCGAUAUUACAUUAGCCAAUGUGCUGCUGGACGGUGCAUCGGUUGCCAAACUGUGUGAUUUUGGUUUGGUCAAACGCAUAGAUAGCAUGACGGCAACCAGUGUGAUGGGAACGGGACCGUAUCUCGCACCAGAAUCGCUGCGCGGCACCGUAACACCCGCGAUGGAUAUUUACUCUUUCGGAGUUGUCCUGGCUGCGGUUGGCACCGGCAAGGAAAUAUUGGUGUCGGUUCCAGGCGGAGAAGAUCUGCUGGAACUGGUUACCAGUGAAGUAACUGAUCCGCAGGCUUUAGUGGAUCGCGCGGUGCGACCGGAGGAGGUGGAUAGCUGGCUAGAGCUUGGUCGAUGUAUCCUUGAUUUGGCCAAACGCUGUCUACGGGAGCGAUUACAACGACCAACCGCACGGGCAGUUAGGGAGCGAAUCGGUGAAAUAGCGGUAGAAAGGCCGGAACACUUCAGUCACAAUUAUUCGACAAACCAGUAAUCGAAUUAGUUAGCUAGAGUAAGAGACCCCAGUUGCCUUAUUUUGGUAAACGUUUAGUGCAAUGUAAAAAUUUUAAAUGCUUAGAUUAAAGACG